UAAACGAGAAAAACUGACGAAAACGAAAGACGCGAGAUUGGCAAACUGCAAACAAGUUGAAAGAGCGGGAUAUCAGAAAGAUUCUUUUAAUUUUCAACGUUAGAAUAAACAAUUCAUUAAGCUCUCAGUGGGUUUGUGAAUUUUGACUGUUUCAAUUAUUAAGUUCAUAGAAGAAACUUUUUAUUUAAAACCACAACAAUGUCUGACGAGAAGAAUAAGGACUCAAAAACAGAAUCCGAGCAUAUAAAUCUUAAGGUUUUGGGUCAAGAUAGUGCAGUCGUGCAAUUUAAAAUUAAGAAACACACACCUCUGCGAAAACUUAUGAAUGCGUACUGUGAUCGAGUGGGUUUGGCGAUUGCUGCCGUGCGAUUUCGAUUUGACGGACAACCAAUAAAUGAAAUUGAUACGCCGAGUUCUUUAGAAAUGGAAGAAGGAGACACUAUAGAGGUUUAUCAACAACAAACCGGUGGAUCGUGCUGAAAAUAACAUUUCCUAACUUGUGGUUUAUAACAAAAAAAAAUGGACUGAGAGAAUAUUCUCCGUUUGUUCCUUAAAUAAAAAAAAGGCAAUUAUUUUUUAAUUUAACCUAAGUAAAUAGAGAUCGGACUUUUUCUAAUUUCACCAAAAAAAAGGAUAUAAGAAAAAAAAAACAUGAAAAGAAAACCGAGUAUAUUCCGAUUUAAUUAUAAACCAAGUGUGUUAGCUUUUAAUUAUUUUAUUUCGAAACAAAUUCACUUUUUGUUAAGUUCUAAUAUUAAGAAGAUUUAUAGAAGUAAAAUCUACGUAAGUCAGAAUAAAAGAUCAAUUAUGAUGAUUGUUAUAAACAAAAAAAGAAACAUGUAAAUGAAAAAUUUAUUAAGAACUUAAGUGUUUCUUUUUUUUUUUUAAUAUAAAUACUGCUUUUUUUUGCAAAAAAAAAAUUAUUCUUCUAUGCAAAAAAAUGUUCAAGCAGAGAAAAAUAUUUGUUACAAAGUCAAGUUUUUCAUUGAGAUUGUGAAUCAAAAAAAAGAAACACUUAAUAUUUCCAUCAAAUUUUGCUUGAGAACAAUUUUUUAUUGUCUUUCAAUUAAAUAAAUUUAAUUGAAAGUAUUUAUAUCACCAAAAAGUACUUCAAACUAUCAUGUCAUAAUUGUAUCUAAUAAAUUUGCAUUUUUUAAAUUA